AUGGCCGCUCCACAGCCGUCCGGCGUCGUCAACAGUACUGAACUCGUCUUAUCCGAGAUCCUCUCGACUCUGAAGAAGCUGGAAGCCGACCAGGCACAGUUGGCCACCAGCGUGGAGUCUCUCCAAAGCAGAGUUGACCUCUCAAAUUCAGUCAAUCAGUUACGGAGCGGUCAUCAUUCCAAACAUCGUGAUGGCGUUAAAGAGUCUCCAAGCCUAGAUCCUGUCCAGCUGGCCACAACGGCGAAUGGGGCAGCCCCUCCUCCUCAAGAUUCGGCCCUCCAUGCAACCAAGACACCUCCUUCGCCCACCGCCAAACGAUCUUCUAUCACCUCGCGAAUCAUUCUCACUACUUACCCAGGUCAGUCAGGAAUCGACCCUAUCCCGCUCGAAUGGGGCGAGGCCGACCCGAUCAAGCGCGGCCCCGUCGUUGUCAGCAGACACCACCACUCGAUCCGGAGACGGAACGCCAUCGGCGCGCACGGCGGUUCGUAUUCAAUCUACCAUGCUCUCGCGGUUGCUAGCCAGCACCUGAACCUCGAACACAAGCCAGACUUUACCAACACCGAGCCAGCCACACUCAUCGGGCCUUUCCCGGCCUGGGGCGACAAGAAGAAAAUCGUAGCCAUGGAUCCCUUCGGCCACCUGGGGCCCUGGCUGUACAACGAUUACAUCCAGAACCAGGACAUCGACAUCCGACCAACCAUCGCCGUAACGAAGGCGCACAUGAAGAUCCCCGAGCUCGAGCAGAGCGUCAAGGCCGGCCGGCUAGUACCGGACGGUAAGAUCUGCCUCAACGAAGAGGGCGAGCUGAGUGUGACCAAGUUCGCCGUCGAGCCUGUCUGGUAUCUGCCCGGGGUUGCCGAGCGGUUUGGCAUCGAGGAGAGCUCCUUGCGCCGCGCGCUCUUCGAGCACACCGGCGGCUCGUACCCGGAACUGGUGACACGGAACGACAUCAAGGUGUUCUUACCGCCCAUCGGCGGCUUGACCGUCUACUGCUUCGGCGACCCGGCGAAGAUGUCGGACCCUAAUGCCUCGCUCGCACUCCGCGUGCAUGACGAAUGCAACGGCAGUGACGUGUUCGGGUCCGACAUCUGCACGUGCCGACCGUACCUCAUCUUCGGGAUUGAAGAAGCGGUCAAGGAGGCCCAGAAGGGGGGCAGUGGUGUGGUCAUCUACUUCCGCAAAGAGGGCCGGGCGCUGGGCGAGGUCACCAAGUACCUGGUGUACAAUGCGCGGAAGCGCGGCGUGGACCGCGCCAGCGACUACUUCAAGCGCACCGAAAACAUUGCCGGGGUCAAGGACAUGCGGUUCCAGGCCCUCAUGCCUGACAUCCUGCAUUGGCUGGGCAUCACCAAGAUCGACCGCAUGCUGAGCAUGUCCAACAUGAAGCAUGACGCCAUUGUCGAGCAGGGCAUCCCCAUUCUCGAACGUGUCCCCAUCCCCGACGAGUUGAUCCCGGCUGACUCGAGGGUCGAGAUCGACGCCAAGAUCCAUGCUGGUUACUUCACCACCGGCAAGGUCAUGACCAUGGAGGAGCUGAAUGCCGUGCAGGGUAGAAGUUGGGAUGACAUUGAGCACUGA